CGCAUGCAUUUGCAAAUCCAAGAUGGUGGCCAAGUUUGCGAAAAUUGAAAACAUUUGGUAUAAAGAGUAAACAGGUUAUUUGCUUAUUGCAAGAAUGUGGCCCGAAUUGCUGGAUAUGACUCAUGAAGAGUCGAAACGGAUUCUGCGGCGUGUAGAGUUAGAAGCCUACUCAGCUAUUGUAUCUGCUUUCCGAGCACAAGGAGACUUGAACAAAGAGAAGAAGAAAAUUUUACAUGAUCUACAACAGUUUCUCAGUAUAUCAACAGAACGCCACAGAGCUGAAGUAAGGCGGGCAGUGAAUGAUGAAAAACUUGCAACAAUUGCUGACAACAUGUCACCAUCUAACACAACACAAGAAUGGCUGAUUGAGGGUCGAAGACUAGUUCCCUUGAUGCCACGACUGGUUCCACAGACUGCAUUCACAGUAACGGCAAAUCAGGUGGCUAAUAUGCAGGCUGAGAAAAAUGCUUCAUUGCCUAGCCCUUCACAGACUGGUAUCAGAGAUAAUACUGCUGCGGCAGCAUCAUCAAUGUCUUCCCCACCAUCAACACCGUGGACGUCUAGGCCCUCCAGUCCAACAUCGAAUGUUGUUGUUCUACCCAGUGGAAUGUCCAUUCAUAUAAAAGGAGGUUUAAAUACAGAAGAAGAUGAAGAUGUUCAGAUCCGUAAACGGCGACGCAGCACGUCAACAGAAAAUAUGUUUUCUCCUUCCGGAACCCCAGUUCCACAAGUUACAUAUACAACAACCAUGAGUAACACACCAGCAUUAUCACCAAAGAAAAUUACCAUCAGCAAGAGUCCACAAGCUCAGCCACGGGUGGUCGCCAGUGGAAGCCAGACUCAGAAGGUUAUCCUAGUAUCAAGUCAGGGACACUCUCCACAAGUAACUGUUGCCCAGAAAACAGCCAUGCCAAUGGGACGAUCUACUGUGUCAACCGGAACAUCUACGACAAACCUUCCCAAGUCUGUUAUACUGCCUCUGUCUAGUUCCAUAGCAACUGGAACCAGUACAGGAAAUAUAUCGGCCACACCCCCAUACUUAACAAACACAACAUCCACAGUUAUUACUCCACUUACAUCCAGUGCUGUAGGAACAUCAACUACAGCGUUCCUUACACCCACCAUCACUGCUUCUAGACCCAGAUUCAAAACUGUACCACGGCAAAAACUGAUGCAGGUGCCAUCCCCGAGACCUGGUGUAGUAAUACCAAUGAGUCCACAGCCAGUGCAGCCAUCUCCACAGACUAUACAGGGGAUCAAACCUGGACCUAAACCUACCAUACAGAUCAGGCAGGAAGGAGGUAUGAAGAUUAUCACACAAAGUGUGGGGAGUGGUGCCAGUAAGAUACUGCCGAAACCCAGUCAAAUAACCACUCCCAGUGGUACACCUGUUGUCGUGGUGAGUGCUGGAAGUUCAGCACAAUCUUCUGUUGCCAUGGUUACCAGGACAGGCUCAUCUCUUACAGGUACCUCGGCAGGCACUAAAGUAUUGAACAUCCAGACUCAAGGUGGUAAAAUUAUAACAGCACCAAGAGGUUCUAGUGUGGUCACAGUGAAUCCUAAAACUCUUCAUUUAACAGCUGUCAAAAAUGCAGCAGGAAUCUCAGGUGCUAAGCCAAAUGUGAUAGUAGUCCAGAAGACACAGCCAAGAAGACCUGGGGUACCAAUCACACCAGGUACAAGUGCUGGUGGGAAACCUACUACAGCAGUCAUCUCUAGCCCAUUUGAAAAGGAGUUGGUAAGUUUCCUACAGAAACAAGAUCCUACAAAACAGUAUGUGGUGACAACAACUACAGCAAACAUUGGUAGAGCAGCUGAUACACAGAGGAAGGUGAUAGUUACUACAUCAGGGCAUGGAGAUUUAGCUAAACAGAUCAGUCAGUCGCUGCAAAAAUCAAGAUCUGACACUUCUCAACCGUCAUCUAAUAUUUUACAAGACUUAAUCCAAGCAGCUGGCAUAGUGCCAGAUGGUAACCAAGACAACCAGUCAGGGGAAGUCACUCUUAAUUUAGACGAGGCACAGUUAGCAGCCUUGACGUCAGCAGCACAAGACAGCACACAGACUAAAGUGACAACAUCAAUGCCGAACAAUGAGUGGUUUGAGUAUGAUGUCACAGAUGAACAAGGAAACACUUAUACCCAUACAGCAGAGUCUGCAGACACUGCAGCAGCUAUACAGUCACUGUUAGACAUGCAAGCCAAUCAGAAUGCAGCUAAACCCAAGGUCACAGUUCAAAGGUCAUCCAGUGUAGACUUAAGUCAGUUAUCAGACCAUUUGAAUCAGCAGCAGUUUUAUACCAUAGAGCAAGCUAUGAGUAUUUUAAACCAGACUGAAAAAGAUCAGGCUGCUGCUUAUAUUCAGUCCGAGGCUCAGAAUGUAGGCACUGGCACAGAAGAUGGUGGGGAUGAAAUUCUCACUGCUGUACCGUUAAAUGUUUCUGUGCCACAAGAAAUUCAGACCACUACCGCAACAGCAGGAUCUCAGGGGAAACCCCCAGAUGCUGGAGGAGGGGACCUUGAUCCCCAGACUGGCAUGUUUUAUGUUCAAAAGGGUGGCACAAUAAGUGGUAUAAAGAUUGCAGAUGGACAGCAAGUUAUUGUGAGUGGAGAAGGAGAUGCAAAGAAAUAUGACCUUCUAAGUAGUUCUCUGGCACAGGCUCAGAUUGACCUUGACCCUUUCCAGUUUAUAGAGGAUGGUAACCAGGGUAACAAGACUGUAGAAGGUUCAUCUAGUCUUCCAGUGAUUCAGGAAGUUGCAAAUUCAGAAACAGUUUCAUCUGAAGACAGUGCAGGAAGCUCCUUGCUGGGUUCCUCAUCUGACUCCGUACUCAUACAGAAGGUAGUUGGUACAGCACCCAUCACAACAUCCACACCCGCCAUCCGAAUACAGCCUAGCUCAUUUAUUCCUUUACAAGACGUCAUCAGAUCAUCAGCAGUGAAAACAUCAACCAUUAACAUAACAUCAGCUAAACCAGCAGUUGCUGCAAGUUCUAGUGCCAGUAUACAUGUGACGGUAGAGCCGAGUGGUUUAGAUACAUCUUACAUGAAGAUGGAAGACUUCACAAGUCAACAACUGUCUGACAAGGCUGACUUUGUUAGUGAUGUUGGUAUUGGACAUAUGGAGGAGAUCGCAACGGAAGAAACUGUACCAGUUGCUGGAUCGUCGGGGAUCAGUGAGACACAGAUAGAGGGAUUCCAGUCAUUAGAUUCUCAAGUAUUACCUGGCAGAAGAAAAAGAAAAGUUUUAUCGGGUGAGGAGAUAGCCGGCUCGCCCCCUGCUGGAAGUGGUGCCCCAGGGGGAUGGGUGAGGGCUGCUUUAGGAGUAUUGAAUAAAGUAUCAAAGUAUCGAGGUGUGAACAGGGACAAGAAUGAUUUAAAUGCUGCUACAUGGUUCACUCAGCCAGUUGAUCCAGCAGAUGCCCCGGACUACUACACCAUCGUAGAAAAUCCCAUGGACUUUGGAACCAUCAAGAGAAAAUUAGAGACAUGCAAGUACCUAGAGUUUGAAGAUUACCAUAGUGAUAUGAUGUUAGUGAAAGAUAACUGUUACCUGUACAACCCAGAGCAAAGUCUUGUUAGAAAGGACUGUGAUGAGGUCUUCCAGUUUUACUUGUCAGAGUACGAAAAACUCAUGGAAAAAUGGCAAAAAACUCAUAUAGGUUCUCCUAUCUCUAAGAAACCUCGCACUGACAGAAGCCCCAUCAGAUCUUGAACUUACCUAGAACAGUACAGACCAACCAAUAGUGCUUACACCUUUCAUCCAGAGUUUGGUGACCAGUCUUAGAAUACUGCUGUGUCAUUGGUCAGUUUUUACGAUUGUGCUUCACGAACAGCCAAUCAGGGACUGAAGAUUUUAGGCAGGUCUCUUGACAUGGUACUGAGGACUGUGAUCUCAGAAGUAGAGGAAUGACAUACGAAAAACAGGAUCGUUCUUAAGUGUUUUAUGAAAGUAUUUAAACACAUAUUGUUCUUAAUGUAUGUUUUGAGAAGCCUGUAGUUCUGUUAGUAUAGUUACCUCUUAUUGAAGAGGUCAAGCAACAGACUGACCUUUUACCUUAUCUGAACUAUGUUCAGGGUGAGCUAUUCAGAUGGUUGAUCUGGCAACCAUGGUCCUUUGUUAAAAUUUUUCCUUUAAUGUCUCCUAAAACUAAUGGUCAGAAUUACGCUUAUUUAAGGGCAAUUUGGCAUAGACCUCUUUCAGAUUCAUUCAGAUUAUUAUGCUUAGCCCCUUUAAAGGGCCAGAAGAGCUAAAAAUAGAUAAAAACCUUUUAACCACUUGUUCUCCUGAACCACUUGACGGAAAUCACCAGACUUUUUUAUUAGCAUCCUUGCUUGUACCACUUUCCAUUUCAUUUAAAUGGUUCUGUUUGUUAGCGCUAAAAAUAGAAAAAUCUUUUAAAUAUCUUUUCAUGAAAUACUCAGUAGGUCUUCGCUGAACUUAUUAUUUGAUGGAGUCCUGGACAAUUCUGAAUUUCAGAAAGUGUUUCCGUUUGACUGUAGGUAGAGGUUGCCAGAGUUGAGAAGUUUUUAUCUUAUCAUGAACUUUAUGGAACAGACUAUUACAAGUUUAAUAUAAUGUUUACCUGUUUGUAGGUCAUCACAGCAAAAAUAGAAAAAAGUUUAAAAUAGCUUUUAGUAGUCUGCUUAAUGGUGGGGCGCCAAACUGUUCAUAGGUCAAGGUCGUCCUUGGGUGAGUGACUUAGGUCCAGUUGGGCCACUUAUACAAAUUCUAAAGAUGUAGAAUUCCUCUGAUUGUACCAUGAGAAUUUUAAAGUAUGAACAAUAGAAUAACUAUGUAUAAGAUAGUACCUAUAAAGAGAAAUCUUCAGUAUUAAGAAAUUGAAAGGGAAAGAGGUAACAUUGUGACUUACCAUGAUUUCUUUUAACCCUUACCCUGCUUAAUUUCUAUAAUGAACUUGUCCAUCUUUCAAUUUGGACAGUACCAUUGACUGUUAAAAGGGGUGCUAACCAAAAAGAUACUGACUGGAUGGAGAACAGUGCAGAUCAUGAUCAGACUGCAUAGAUGUGCAGACUGAUCAUGAUUUACACUGGUCGCAAAGGCAGAACCAAUCAUUUCCAGCAUGAUAAGGGUUAAUAGUGUGGAUUUCUCUUCAUAGCCGCUAUCUGACUUGGUGUUUUACAUACUUUUUCUGUGCACUUUUAAGAAGCCUCAUAAUUAAGUGCAUGUUGUAAGUUUUACAAGAAUAAUCUAUAUUGAAAAUAUUUGGAAAUGUUAGGCCUGUGAUUAUUUUAAAAUUCCAUGAGAACCUAAAAUUGUUGAAAAAUUUCAUCUGUUUCAAAGAACAAAAUUUUCUAUUUUCUGUUAAAUACCUGUAAACUUCAUAAAAGUUGUUAUUCUAUAUGACAACAACAACAGCUGUUACUUCAUAAUGAUUGUCAUUAUUCCAUAUUUAAAGAUCAUGUAUAAAGGCAAAAGAUCAAAUCUGUUUGAGUCUAUUUUAAGAUACUUACUGUAUACAUGUACUUUCUGUCCUGUAUGUUUUUAUUGAAUGUUGCCAAAUUGUGUUCAGCUAUUAAAAAUAGCAAGUGGUUUUAUUUUUUGAUAAUGUAUGUUAUUUUACUGUAUCCAGUAUCAUACAAAUGUUACCAUGAUUGUAUUACUAAACACAUUUUAGUGUUAAUGUUUCCUAAGUGUGCCCAUUUCAUAAAUUAUCUCCCUUUAAUAAGUUUAAAGAGACAUGCUGGCAGAUUUCAGUAAUUCAAAUUCUAAUUUGAAAAAGUGUUUUGAUACAUCUAAUAGUAUGAUAGAUAUGGAAAAUGCAGUGUUUGAAGAUAUGCUAAAUGCUAUUCAAGGUAAUGUAAGAAUAAUAUAGAGGUAGAAGUCUCAUACUUGUAGGUGAAUGUGAAGUAAAUCAUUUGCUUCAAUAUGUGAAUAAGUUGCAGUGUUUCUGGAGAUGUGUGUAACUGUUACAAGGAAAUCUAGGUCUACAAGUACCCAACAACGUCUAGACAUACCUGCACAUGUCUACAUACACAGCUACAUACAUGUACCUGUACACAUCCAUUGGUACUUAUGUCUAGUCCGCCCACUUAGUUCAAUAGGGAGACUGCAGAUCUAUGGAUCGCAGGGUAUUGAGUUCAAUCCUCAGCCAAGGCAAAUGCUCUUUUUGAUGAUUUGACAUUGUGUCUGAAAUCAUUCAUCCUCCACCUCUGACUCAUGUGGGGAAGUUAGCAGUUACUUGUGGAGAACAGAUUUGUACUGGUACAGAAUCCAGGAGCACUGGCUAGGUUAACUGCCAACUGUUAUAUAAUUUAAAUACUGUAGAAAAAAUGGUGUUUAACCCAAAACAAACAAACAUAUAUGUCUACAUGCACACAUACCCUUACAUGGCUACACGUAAUCACACACAGUUACACAUACCCGUACAUAUCUACACAGACACAUAUAUGUACUUGCACAUGUCUACACUUACCCAUACAUGUCUACAUAUAUCUGCAAACAUCUACACCUACCUGUACAAGUAUGAAUUCACAGCCUCCCUGGUAAGCUCUAGGUUGCAUUGAAAGUUAGAAACCCAGUAGAACUCCACAUAUUUCAAUGUGCUUAUCAUGACUGUUGUGAAGUGAAAAAUAAAUGAGUCACUUUUUAAUGCUAUGGCAUCAGUGUUUGAAGAUACAAUGUGGUUGAUUAUUUAAGUAGGAUUUUAAAUUGAAUAUGUCUGUUUUUGAGUCUUUUUAAUGGUUGUUACUGAAAUUUUUAAUGAUAAAUUCUUAGACCUUGUUACAUAUACAGUACGCCUUUGUGCUGUCAUUUCUCAUUUUAACAGAUAUGUAUAUGGGCCACAUCAUGUCAAAUGAUACCAAGUGAUGUUUAGGUUAAGAUUAAUAUGGAUUUUAAUUCUCAGUGUUAUAAAUUUGCAGGGAGCUCUGACCUGUACUGGUUCAAGUUUACAAAAAUUAUGCACAAAAUACAACUACAUAUAUGUUGAAAUGAAAAAAAAAAAACAACAAACAAUUGUCCUAUAUCUUUUUGAAUAUUUUGAUCAGAUGAUACAGUCCACUAGUUGAUAUUUUCAUUACAUCAGUUCGAAAAUUCUCCUCUGGGUACCAUUUUGUUGUGAUGUUGCCCAAAUACAGAAUCAUGAUUAUAAAAUUGUAUAUAUUUUCGCGUAUAUGAUUAGUAUCAUUAAAUUUUGCAUGUUUAAACAUAA